AUGCAGCGAGCUCUCAGCUCAAGAGGGCGAGCUUCGCUCCUGCCAUCAGUCUCCCCAUACUCCAGCACACUUUCAAGAUCACGGCCGGCCGCUGCUACCGCCCUCAACUUUCAGCAGCAGAGAUUCGCUCAUAAGGACCUUAAAUUCGGCGUCGACGGGAGGGCGGCCCUACUGAAGGGCGUUGAGACACUCUCCAAAGCUGUAGCAACCACACUAGGACCCAAAGGACGAAAUGUCUUGAUCGAAUCGAGCUAUGGCUCUCCGAAGAUCACCAAAGAUGGUGUGACCGUCGCUAAAGCGAUCACUCUACAGGACAAGUUCGAAAACCUUGGUGCCCGUCUCUUACAAGAUGUUGCCUCGAAAACAAACGAGGUAGCUGGUGAUGGUACCACAACCGCCACUGUCCUCGCUCGCGCCAUCUUCUCUGAGACCGUCAAGAACGUCGCUGCCGGAUGCAAUCCUAUGGAUUUGAGGAGAGGUACACAAGCCGCUGUCGAAGCAGUGGUGCAAUAUCUACAGAACAACAAGCGCGAUAUCACCACUGGCGAAGAGAUUGCUCAGGUGGCCACCAUCUCAGCAAACGGUGAUACCCAUGUGGGAAAGCUUAUCUCAAAUGCUAUGGAGAAGGUUGGCAAGGAGGGCGUUAUCACUGUCAAAGAGGGAAAGACGAUCGAGGACGAGCUUGAGGUCACUGAGGGUAUGAGAUUCGACCGUGGCUUCACCUCCGCAUACUUCAUCACCGAUACCAAGUCCCAAAAGGUUGAAUUCGAGAAGCCCUUGAUCCUUCUGUCAGAGAAGAAGAUAUCCGCAGUCCAGGACAUAAUACCCGCGCUCGAAGCCUCCACUCAGAUGCGUCGCCCACUCGUCAUCAUUGCUGAGGACAUCGAUGGAGAAGCUUUGGCAGUCUGUAUCCUCAACAAGCUACGUGGUCAGCUACAAGUUGCCGCUGUCAAGGCUCCUGGUUUUGGUGACAAUCGCAAAUCCAUUCUGGGCGAUCUCGGCAUUCUCACCAACGCCACUGUGUUCACGGACGAGCUUGACAUCAAAUUGGAGAAAGCUACGCCGGAUAUGCUUGGAUCAACUGGCUCGAUCACGAUUACGAAAGAGGACACCAUCAUACUCAACGGCGAGGGCAGCAAAGACGCAAUAGCGCAGAGAUGCGAGCAGAUUCGCGGCGUCAUGAAUGAUCCAUCAACGUCAGACUACGAGAAGGAGAAGCUACAAGAGCGCCUGGCUAAGCUGUCCGGAGGCGUGGCUGUGAUCAAGGUUGGAGGUGCUUCCGAAAUUGAAGUUGGAGAGAAGAAGGACCGCGUUGUUGAUGCUUUGAACGCGACCCGUGCAGCCGUAGAGGAAGGUAUCCUACCAGGUGGAGGGACUGCACUCUUGAAAGCUGCCGCCAAUGCGCUAGGCUCCGUCAAGCCCACCAACUUUGAUCAACAGCUGGGUGUCAGUAUCAUCAAGAGCGCCAUCACUCGCCCAGCACGGACAAUUGUCGAGAACGCUGGUACUGAAGGUAGCGUUGUCGUUGGCAAGCUUAUGGAUGAAUUCGGAUCAGAUUUUAACAAGGGCUUUGACAGCGCAAAGGGCGAAUAUGUUGACAUGAUCGCUUCCGGUAUAGUUGAUCCAUUUAAGGUCGUCCGCACUGCUCUCGUUGAUGCUAGUGGCGUCGCUUCGCUGCUUGGUACCACGGAGGUCGCCAUCACUGAGGCGCCAGAAGAGAAGGGGCCGCCAGGUGGUGGUAUGGGAGGCGGAGGCAUGGGAGGAAUGGGUGGCAUGGGCGGUGGAGGCAUGUUUUAA